AUGGCCGCUCAUCAUCUUCUUCGACCUCGAGCACCGACCAUCUUCGAUCAAACACGAAAUCUGUCGGACCUCGUAGAAGCCAUCAUUUCCCUUCUGAAUACCCUAAAUCCACAAAACCCUAGACCCCAAUGCUUCGUGUCUUGCCCACUCAAUCAGUUUUCGCCGUACCUAAGCCCGGGCCUCGUCAACGAAGUAAUCAAUCGGCAGACAAACCCUAAACGAGCCCUCUUUUUCUUCAACUGGGCAUCGAAUCCAAGUCCCAAUCCUCAAAAUUACUCGCACUCCCGUUCCUGUUAUGCCGCCAUCACUGAUCUCCUCCUCUCGCGUUCACUCUUCUCCGUCGCGGCUUCUAUCCUCGAGAAGUCUGGGAAUUUCAGCGACUUCUUUGUUUCUAGAUUCGUUAAAGCGAGCGGAGAUCGCGGGAAUCUCAAAGGUGCGGUGUUUUGGUUCCACAGAGCGAAAAGUAUUGGAGAUGGGAAUUGCUUGUACUCGUAUAAUGCAUUGUUGGGUGUUCUUGUUAGGGCUAACAAGAUGAGUUUGGCUAGAUCGAUUUUCAAUCAGAUGUUGAACGAUGGCAUUGUGAAACCGGAUGUUUCUGCCUACUAG